AUGUCUGCAGGACUGGAAACACCAACCCGCUCUCGAGCAUCCUCAAGAACCAAAUCGCCACAGCUAUCAAUCGACCUCUCAGAUCUACCCCCGCUGGUGGAGCCAUCACCACCGUCGAACACAUUGAUAAUAACCAACCUUCAAGAACCUGAGAUCUUCGAACCCUCAAACCUCGUCCAAAUCCGCGAAAUCAUCAACCAACAUGCGGCGAUCCAUACUUGGGCGCCACUCAAAUCCUUCCGCCGAAUCGUCACCUCUUUCUUUGAUAUCGACUCGGCCAUUCGCAUACGCCAAAAUCUCGACGGAGAGACCCUGAUGGGUAGCCGGAUUCGUGUAUACUUUGGCCUCAACACGCCACUCAAUCCUACGGACCAGCACCUGCCACUGCCACAAUCCGAUAAGCUGUUUUUCAUAUCGCCACCACCAUCGCCUCCUAUGGGCUGGGAAAUGCGCAAUGAAGAAGCACCAAACACACUAGUCCACGCUGAGGAUCUGGCAGCUGCCUUGGCCAAAUUGCAUGCCGAUCACGACCCAAUCGAUUUCUCUCCAACAAACGAAGACGGGAGCCCAGCUGUGCGGAGAAGGCGGACAGGUAGUUCGACGAUUGUGUACCACCCAGAGGACCAUGGCGACAGCCCUCUAUUACCCGCCAUUGCUGUGGAAGACACGACGGAUUCCCCAGCAGCAGCAUCGCCUUCUGUGGACGCCAUGGAGGGUGUUGAAGGGCCAAUUGCACAACAGAAAGCCCAGGGUCAGAAUGUGUCUACCGCAAGACCUCCUGUUGAGUUCAUGCAUUGA